UUAUCGUCGGGAGCCGUCUCGUGCUAGCACGGCUCUAAAAAAAAGUUAUUACUACCCGGCCGCUGCUAAGCUCCAACAGUUAAGAGCUAAAUAAUGAUAAUAAACAAACAAAUAGAUAAAUAAUAUCACUUCCCCUCUAUGGUUUGGCGGACAAGUUUACAACGCACAAACAGUGAACCACCACCCUCGACCUUCAGCUAACCUGAAGCCCUAUCCCGAACCAUAAUGGAGUCCAUUGGCGUACUCAUGCUUUGCCCGAUGUCCGCCUACCUCGAGCAGGAGCUGCAGAGCCGCUUCAAUCUCUUUAAGCUCUGGACCGUCCCACAGAAGCCAGAGUUCCUCAAAGAACACGCAUCCUCCAUCCGCGCCGUCGUCGGCAACGCAGCUGCCGGAGCCGACGCCGAGCUCAUCAGCGCUCUGCCGAAGCUUGAGAUCGUCUCGAGCUUUAGUGUCGGAGUGGACAAGAUCGAUCUGGACAAGUGCAGACAGAAGGGGAUUAGGGUUACGUACACGCCGGACGUGCUGACCGAUGACGUGGCGGACCUUGCGAUCGGGCUGAUACUGGCGGUGCUGAGGACACUGUGUGCGAGCGAUCGUUACGUGAGGAGUGGGGCGUGGAAGAAGGGUGACUUCAGGUUGAAUACUAAGUUCACCGGCAAAACAGUUGGUAUUGUCGGUUUGGGAAGAAUUGGUAUGGCAGUUGCUAAGAGAGCUGAAGCAUUUAACUGCCCAAUCUCUUACCACACGAGAAGAGCAAAGCCAGACAUACAAUACACAUAUUAUCCAAGUGUUGUUGAGCUAGCCUCCAACUGUGAUAUUCUGGUUGUUGCAUGCCCUCUAAAUGAAGAAACCUGGCACAUCAUCAACCGUGAAGUCAUUGAUGCAUUGGGCCCGAAGGGUGUUCUCAUCAACAUCGGGAGGGGCCCUCACGUGGACGAACCCGAGCUGGUAUCUGCACUAGUUGAAGGCAGGCUAGGCGGGGCUGGUCUCGAUGUGUAUGAAAAGGAGCCUGAAGUACCUGAGGAACUGUUUGGGCUUGAAAACGUAGUCCUCCUGCCUCAUAUAGGAAGUGGCACAGUGGAAACCCGGACUGCCAUGGCUGACCUUGUGAUUGGAAACCUGGAGGCUCACUUUUUGAACAAACCCCUGUUAACCCCAUUGGUUCCCGACUCCUCCUCGUCCUCCUUCAUGGACUCCAUAGGCGUCCUCAUGACUUGCCCAAUGUCCGAUUACCUCGAACAAGAACUCCGAAAGCGCUUCAACCUCUUCAAACUCUGGGCUUAUUCCUCAAAGUCUGAUUUAUUGGACAAACACUCUAACUCCAUCCAAGCGCUUGUGGGAAACACCAAAAUGGGUGCCGACGCUGAACUCAUCGACUCAUUGCCCGAGUUGGAGAUCGUCUCGAGUUACAGUGUGGGGUUGGAUAAGAUUGAUCUGAGGAAAUGUGAGGAGAAAGGAAUCAGGGUAACCAAUACGCCCGACGUAUUGACCGAUGAUGUUGCCGAUUUGGCGAUUGGGUUGGUCCUGGCUGUUACGAGGAGGGUUUGUGAGUGUGACCGGUUUGUGAGGAGAGGGUUUUGGAAGAAAGGCGAUUUCGGAUUAGCUACCAAGUUCAGUGGUAAAUCAGUAGGAAUUGUUGGGUUGGGAAGGAUUGGUACAGCAAUUGCAAAGAGAGCCCAAGCAUUUGGCUGCCCUAUCAGUUACCACUCGAGAUCUGAGAAACCAGAAACAAAUUACAAGUACUACUCAAACAUCAUCGACUUGGCUGCCAAUUGUCAUAUUCUCAUUGUUGCUUGUGCUUUGACAGAAGAAACCCGACACAUCGUCAACCGUGAAGUUAUUGAUGCAUUGGGUCCAAAUGGCAUUCUCAUUAACAUUGGAAGAGGUCCAAUCAUCGAUGAAACUGAACUUGUGUCUGCACUCCUUGAAGGCCGGUUGGGUGGGGCUGGGCUCGAUGUGUUCGAUAAUGAGCCAGACGUUCCUGAACGGCUUUUUGGGCUUGAAAACGUAGUUCUUCUGCCUCAUGUGGGGAGUGACACUGUGGAAACCAGCGAGGCAAUGGCAGACCUUGUCAUAAAAAACUUAGAGGCACACUUUUUGAAGAAGCCACUGCUAACUCCAGUGAUUUGAUUUUGUUGAGAAGGUAUGUGGCAUGAAAUCUUGGAUAUCUUUCCACCAUUUAAUUAUUUAGAUUUACAUAAUUUCUAAACAUUAAUGUUUUGGUGAGCAUCUUUCCAAUAAAAGGAAAUCUAUUCAUGUAAACUUGAUAUAUUUAUGGAAUGGCAUUGUCCCUAGUCUUCAAUGGAAAA